GAGCUUUCAAGACUUGUGAACAGUUUAUAUAUUAAAGGCGUUUUUAUCGAGGUUUAAUCAACAGACAUCAUUCUGCUUCAGUGUUGCAAUAACCUUGGACGGAGUUAAAAAUAUUGAAGCAAUUUCGUCACCUCUCCUGCACUCAAAGCCACAAAAACAAUAUUUUCCGACUUUCUGAAAGAUAAAGAAAUUCAUACAGGUUUAGAACAACAUGAGGAUAAGAAAAUUAUGACAAAAUUUGUGGCAUAUGCCUGAACAGACACCGGUGUGGGAUGCUUCCCAUCACCCUGAGGCUCCAGGACUUCCUGCCACAGAUUGCUCUGCUUUUAGUUAGACUUGCGUCAGAGCACGUUCUGUGCAGAAAGACUGGCACCCCGCGGCGUAGCCGGCUAAGAGGGAUUAACUCACCCAUCAAUGAACAGCUGGAGGGACUAUAAAUGGCCAUUAAAGGAAGCUGGCAUGUGCUGGUUGCAGCAGGGUCCAGAGCACCGCUGCGACAUGGUACUCAUGAGAGGUGUGAGCAGGGAAGAAUGUUGCACGGCUGGCCGUCUGGACACCGCAUGGUCAAAUACCAGUCUGCCCAUCAAUGAAGUCAGCCUACUGGGAUUCCUGGGUAUAGUUUCUUGCAAGCCAUGCAAAGAAAACUGCGAGGGUGUGAACUGCGGCCUUGGAAAGGUGUGCAAGAUGAAGGGUGGACGUCCACAGUGCGUGUGCUCUCCAGACUGUUCCAACAUUUCCACUAAACACGCUGUGUGUGGGAGUGAUGGGAACUCGUACAAAGACGAGUGCGCCCUUCUGAUGGCUCGCUGUAGAGGUCACCCUGACUUGGAAAUUAUGUACCAAGGGGAGUGCAAAAAGUCCUGUUCUAAUGUUGUAUGUCCCGGUACGCACACCUGUGUGACGGACCAGACCAACAGCGCCCACUGCGUCAUGUGUCGCACCGCACCCUGUCCAAUGCCCAUGAUCAAUGAGCAAACCAUCUGUGGCAAUGAUAACAUAACUUAUCCCAGUGCCUGCCACCUGCGUAGGGCUACCUGCUUUCUGGGUCGCUCCAUAGGCGUUCGCCACUAUGGACACUGCAGAAGUAAUGAAGAAAGUGAGGAAAAUUCACUCUAUUAAGGAUGCCAGCUUUUCUCCCCUAUGUACAUAUUAUAACGGCACAUAAGACGUGAGGGAGACCCUGUUUGAAACCUUAUAGCAUCACAACAGGAUCCUCUGUUCCAAAAAAACCCCGCUACUAUCAUUUUAAACGCAUGCAAUACAUACUUAAAGGGAAAUGUGUGCCUUUGCUUUGCCCGAACUGAUGAACUGACAAUGUGCAUAUUGUAAAUAUACUACAAACUACUAUUUAUUGGAGAAAUGUAAUGAAGUCAGCGUUAUUUAUGUUUUAACACGUUUGAGACACCACAUAGUAUUCA